CAUACAUCUCAGCCGUUCCUCAAGGCAACAGCGUACCUAGAUAUAAAUACAAGCCGAUGCGACCUUCAAAAUCCGAAACUCAUCCACCCCUUCAAGCAGAAGUGUCCGCAUCCUCGCCCUCUCCCCAACAUGAGUCUCACUAAUACUCUCGCGGGUUCUGACCGCAUCGAGCCUUUCAAGGUCGACCUGUCCAAGAAUGUGCCGCGAAUGCUCGAUCUGGUGAAGAACACCAAGUUGCCUGAGAAGUCCGUGUAUUCCCAACUUGGAGCCUCGGCCGGCAUCGACCUGGACGUUCUGAAGCAGCUGCAGAGUGAAUGGAUUGAUGAUUUUGACUGGAAAGCGGAGGAAGAAGAAAUGAAUAGCUACAACCAUUUCACCACAACCAUCGAAGGUUUGAAGAUUCAUUUCAUUCAUGAACGGUCUGGCGAACCGGACGCGAUCCCACUUUUGCUCUUGCACGGCUGGCCAGGUUCAUUCUUGGAGUUUCUGCCUGUGGUUAAGCCUCUCACACAGGCAGCGAAAACCUCAACCGGCAAAGACGUCUCAUUCGACAUCAUCAUCCCCUCACUCCCUGGAUACGCCUUUUCCCAGACACCACCGCCAAGUUGGACCACUGCGGACACGGCUCGGAUUUUCCAUGCACUCAUGACCGAUAUAUUGGGCUACAAGACCUUCUCUAUCCACGGUACCGAUUGGGGCUGUGUGAUCGGCUACACCCUGUACGAGCAGUACACCGCAGCCACUCGUGCAGCACACUUUUCUAUGAUCCCCUUCUUCCCCAUGCUGCCUAAUCAGCUCGCAGCAAAUGGCAUUACCCUCACUCCGGAUGAGCAAUUCCAGGAGGAUCGAUUCGUAGGAUGGAAUACAACUGGAAAUUCCUACUUCUUCAUCCAGACUACGAAGCCCACCACAAUCGGACUGGCAUUGCAGGAUAACCCGAUCGGCCAGUUGGCGUGGAUUGCUCAGCAGAUUAUCGACUGGUCCGAUCCACGGGCGGGAACAGCGCCCUCUGUACUCACCCACAAAGAGAUACUACGAUUCACGUCGCUUUACUUCCUCACCGAGUCAUUUCUUUCAUCUGUUUUUAUCUAUUCUUCAAACUCGAAUGGGUUUAGACCAGAAUACACCAAAGCGCCUACAGAUGCCCCAAUGCUCUAUAGCAAUUUCAAGUACAACAAUGCAUUUUUCCCGCGAGCUAUAGUGGAAAAGGUGGGGAACCUGGUCCGAUGGCAAGAUCAUGAUUUUGGCGGGCACUUCGCGGGUGUCGAUAAUCCACCGGCUCUUAUUUCCGACAUCCGAGACGUUGGGAACUACUGGCAUCAGUGAAGCAACCAUUUCUCGGCGGCUUAUCCUACAAUUUGGACUCAAUUGCUUGAAUCCCCAGUGCUCAGGGGUAUUUGGGGGAUUGUUUCGGCUUCCCCGUUGUCCAACGUGCGACACCAGUAGCGAUGGGGAAGGAGGUAAUUGCCUGGGUUGUGAAUUAGGCUAUUUGCUCAACAUCUUAUCUUUUCGGAUGAAUACAAAAAGGCGAUCCAUCAGCAGUCACUCAUAUAGGGUUAGAUAGCUAAGUUGGAAAACUCGAAAAACAGAAUAACAGCAAGGCCAGGCUCUUGGGCUUUAGCACGUGUUAGUGAGACUUGUUCAACCCUUAA